UUUUUUGUAAUUAAAAACGCCCCUAAAAUGUAGAAACAAAUUAAAAUAAAAAUAAAAGCGCCCCAAGGAAUCACGCGUACGCUAACCAUUUGUGUAGAGCAAGGUAUAAUGGCUCAUAUACCAUGAUGGCUAAGCCAAUGAAAACUCUUGAACUGCAUUAUCCAAUGAUCCAGUUUUUAAUAUAAUAAUGUAUUGUUGAAUUGCAUUCCUUUGAAUAACCAUUUUCUCUUCCUCUUAUAUCAAGACUUUUCUUUGUAUAAUUUCAGAGAAAGAUCCUUGUCUUUCCAGCCCAUGUAAAAAUGGCGGAAGCUGUAUCUUCGAUUCAAAAGAUAAAACUGGUUAUCGUUGUCGCUGUAAACCUGGUUAUCGUGGGCAUAGAUGUGAAGGUAAUAAAUAAACAAAUAAAUAAAUAAAUAAAUGAAUAAACUUCAAUUCGUUUUCUCUGUCACUUCUGGUUAAAGAAAUUAUCCGUGUGGCUGCUGAAAAAAAAGCAGCCUGCUAAUUGCCAUUGCAAGGAUAGUAUUAAUCACUUUGAACUCUCUAUCCGCUGUCCACUACUUAUUAUGUGGCUUGUGUUUGUAGCCGAUAUAACGUGCGCUCUGAAUGGCCAAUUCUAGACCAUUUUUCUCCGGUGAUGUCCACGAGCCGUUUACGGGUCUGCAAAAGCAAAGCAAAAACCGGGUCAGCGGUGCUCAUGGCGGUCGGAUGUGCUUUUACGAUCUCCUGCUACUUCACGUUAUUUUGCCUGCUUUUACGAGCUUCAGCAACUGACUACAACUACUCUGGGAGUCCACUAACAUCUGUGACUUCCAGCAUAUCUGUUGAUCUACGAAUUUUAUCUGAACGACAAUUUUGUGACGAAUUAUUGAUACUUCCAUCUGGACCACGUGGCGGCCAUCUUGCUUUGGAAGGACGGCUUCGACGAAUUAGGUAUUUUUCCAUACGAAUUGCUUACCAUACGAAUGGAAUUACUACAGUCAAUUCAUCUCCCUUUAAAAUUAUAUGCAGCGGUGAUGUUGAAACUAAUCCAGGCGACGAAACUGUCGUUAAUUCGUCUUCCAAUGCAGUAUCUUCAACCAGAAAUCUUCGAUGUUUACUACUCAAUGCCAGAAGUUUGAGAAACAAGGUUCUUGACUUGCAAGCCUUGUUGCUGGAGAAUUUUUUUCCGGUCAUAGCUAUUACAGAAACAUGGCUCGACGCUAGCUUCAUGGACUUCGAAUUGGGUCUGAAUGAUUACUCUAUUCGUCGCAAGGACAGACAAGAUCGUAGAGGUGGAGGUGUCUUACUAGCGGUACAUACAGACUUAAUUUCGAUACGAAGAAGGGAUCUGGAGAUCGAUGACAGAAUUGAAACCGUAAUGGUGGACAUUUGUCAAAAAUCAAUGGACAACAUCCUAUUUGGAGUCUGCUAUAGACCACCUAGUGCUGAUAUGGAAUAUUCCCUCAUAUUACGUCAAUGUCUGGAGAGAAUUGAAAUGACUAGAUUUGCUACCUGCUAUCUUGUGGGCGACUUCAACUUCCCAAGCAUUGACUGGUAUGGUUUGACUCCCACCUCAAUCGAUGCAUGUACUGUUGAUUUUUGUGACGUGCUCAACGAUCAUUUUCUGGUUCAAUGUAACUUCAAUCCAACAAGAAUGCUAAAUGAAACUGAUGGCAAUAUUCUUGAUUUAAUUCUGACCAAAAUCCCUGAUUUGGUUAGUAAUGUUGAAGUACUGACUGAUCAUUUUAACUCUGAUCAUUUUCCUGUCAGCUUUAGUACAUAG